UAGAUUUGAUAUGUAGGUGAUACACCAAAAAGCUAGGAGAGCCCAUCUUCCUCACCAUAACAACAAAAUGAGUAGUGAGAAAUACAUGAAGCUUUUGGUGGAGGAGUCAACAUGGUACAACGAGAUGUUGUUGCCACAAAUUGCGCGCGACGUACUUCCUCACUUUCUUCAGUCAUGGCUUCGUAAUUGCAUUUGCGGUGUCUUUGUCUUUAUAAUUUCCACUCUUCUUCUUCGCUUCAACUAUUGGAAAUACCACUCCUCCUCUCCUAAAGAGAAUGUGGCAACAAGAAAAGAGAUGAUAAAGCAGAUAAAAGAAUCAAUGGAAUUAAUGCCCUCAGGUGCCCUAUUUCUAACGGUGACGGAGUAUCUUGCUGAAACAGGAUGGACAAGAUGUUAUACAAGAAUAAGUGAUGUUGGUUUAGGAAUCUACAUCCUUUCAACUCUUGUUUAUCUUGCCGUUAUUGAAGUUUGGACUUACUGGAUUCAUCGAUAUAUGCAUGAAAUAAGACCAAUCUACAAGCAUAUUCAUUCUCGUCACCAUUCUUAUAACAAGGAGAGUAGCCUUUCCCCUUUCGCGGGUUGGGCAUUGCAUCCUUUGGAUGGAAUAUUAAUGGAACUUCCACACGGAAUAGCAUUUCUGAUGGUUCCUACUCAUUUUUUUACACAUUUAGCGCUCUAUCUUACGGAAGCUAUGUGGGGUGUUUUGGUACAUGGAAAAGGUUUCAAGCUAAGAUGGCCAUUCAUGGAUGGUGAAUUUCAUACCAUUCAUCAUACCGCUUGUCAAAAUAAUUAUGGUAACUUCACAAUUUGUAUGGACAAAUGGUUUGGAACCCUUCGCCCACCCAAGGAAUCCAUCCAGGUGAAGAAGGAAAACUGAUCAAAUUGCCUUGGAUUAACAAGCUUCAAAUUCAAAUUCAACUAUUUCAUGUUCGUCAUCCAAAACCUUAGCUACUUAAUUUAGUUAAUUAUUGUGUUCUUAAUUAUCUUCCAUAAAAAUAUGAAUGUACCGAUGUACGUACGUAAUGUGUUACUAUCUAGUCGUGAUCAAAUAAGUCACAUCGUAUAUGUAUUCGUGUGUACAUGCAUAUGGCUAUAAUAUGUGUGGUGGCCGAAGGGUGCUAUAUAGCUAUAUUAUUGGUGUUUCAUUCAUGUAAGAAUUAAAAAUCAGUCUGUUGAUUUUCUUCAACCGAUCGAUUGUGUAUUUGUAAGAAACAAAGUAUAUACUUCCUACUAUGUACUACGUACGUUUUUUAAAUAUCACAUUAUUUGGAUUUUUACACUA